GAGGCACAAGCAAUUCAGAGAAGAGAAAAGAAGCCAAUAGGAACCAACGCAGAUCAUUUUGCCUUGGUGGUCUUCUUCUGUCACGCAGGGCGCAUGACUACAACCUCCUCCGCGCUGUCGUGCGCUCCUCCUCCACCUCUACUUGCACCUGCUCCUCCUUAUCCCCAAAACAGAGCCCAAGCAAACCCUAGUUCCCUUCUUCCCCCUCCAUGCGCCGCGACCAGUUCCCCUUCUCCACGCAGGACUGCAGACAAGGAUAUGCAGCGGCAGUUUUGGAACAAAUUCAGACAUAUCCUGAGCUCCGCCGGAAGAAAUCGACGUCGACCCGUCGCUCCGGCCAUCUCCCGGCACCGUCGACCCCUCCACAAGCAUCCUGGACCUCGUCGCCGGCGACUCUCCGUUGAUCCUCGGUCCCAGCGCCUACUCCACCACGUCCGCCCUGCCGAGACGCAUGUCCGGUGCCGUUUUCUUCCUCGCCGUUCGCCCUCCAUCGCCAGGGUUGUGCUUGUCGUCAUCUACUUUGAUCCCUGCGUCCCCCGCUGUUAUGCAUCUCUGUCAGAUAGAGUUAUCUUCGACAGUUGCUUGGUCCAAAGAUCCACAGUGUCUGAACCAUCUCAACAUCUGAAUUUCAGAUCGACUAAUGUCGCGCCUGAAGUUGGUUCUUUUGUACACGAGAGCAAACUAAAUCAGCAUCGUCAAAGCAGUAUGGUGGCCAGGGCCUUGAACUCUUUCUAGUUGGUAUGUGAUGUUCUCGUCGCCCGUGCCGGCUAGAUCGCCCGCAGCUUUCCUUGUUCAGACUUCAGAGGUCACCCGACCUGUGCUGACCUGCGCAUGCACGAACCAUCCCGAAGUUCAGAUACCUGGCUAGGCAAGUCACUUCUUUUUCUUGGUUUCAUACAAAUCCUCCUUGUUUCAUCUGUCUUUGACUGGGGCGUUCCUCUCAGGAGAAAAACGUAUCAGCAGCUACAUCCAAUUCCA